UCAAAGUUGAAACUACAGGAACUUGACAGCGUGUUUCUGUUGUUAUUCGCCAUAUGGUUUUCCUGUCAUAGUAUAAACAGACCAAGAGAAAUGAGGAACCUAAAGCUGCUGAAAUGUGUGCGGAUGUCGGAGCUGCAGAGUCUAGGCUCUCCUCAGUGUGUUUGUGUGAGGAUAGACACAGACACCAUACUGAUCACCUCUCAGUUCUCCAUCACAGAGUACGACCCCCGGACAGGCCAGGUAUUGAAUGAAGAGUGUCUAACCAUGGAGAACUACCUCCCAGAGGAUGGCAGCGGUGUUGUUGUGGGCAUUCAGGAUCUGCCUGAUCAGGAAUCUGUUUGUGUGGCCACUGCCCAGGGCGAUGUCAUUCUGUGGAACCUUAACACUAAUCAGCUGGAGUGUGUGGGAAGUGUGGAUAGUGGACUCACUGCCAUGAGUUGGAGUCCAGACCAGGAGCUGGUGACACUCUGCACAGGUCAGGAGACAAUCAUCUUAAUGACUAAAGACUUUGAGCCCAUAACUGAAGUGGCCAUUCACCAGGAUGAGUUUGGAGAAGGUAAAUUCAUCACAGUAGGAUGGGGUAAGAAGGAAACACAGUUUCACGGCUCAGAGGGGAAGCAGGCAGCACAGAAGAAAGCUGCAGAAGUGCAGCCUGCAGUGCCAUGGGACGACCGCAUGCCGAGGAUCACAUGGAGAGGCGAUGGGCAGCUCUUUGCAGUCGGCGCAAUCUGUCCUCAGACAGGUGCUAGAAAAGUCAGAGUGUGGAACAGAGAGUGUGUCCUGCAGGCUACGAGUGAGGUUGUCAACGGCCUUGAAGAAGCUCUCUGCUGGAAACCUUCAGGUAGCCUGAUAGCCUGCACCCAGCGGCACCCUAAUAAACACAGUGUUGUGUUUAUGGAAAAGAAUGGCCUGCUGCAUGGAGACUUUACUCUGCCCUUCGCCAAGGACCAGGUUAAGGUGAAGGAGUUGCUUUGGAACAGUGACUCCACUGUGCUGGCUGUUUGGCUUGAGGAUCUGAAGCCAGGAGUGAACAGCAACCCCAACAUAUACAUUCAGCUAUGGACAGUAGGGAAUUACCACUGGUACCUGAAACAGAGUCUGCAUUUUGGAAGUGAUCCCUCAAAGGCUCCAGUCUGUGUGUGUUGGGACCCUGUGAAGCCACUCCACCUCCACCUGCUGACUCAGGACUGGAGCAGUUACAUGUAUGACUGGGGCUGGAGCACAGAUCGCAGCCAAGGAUAUGAUUCACAUGACAAUGCCAAUGUGGCAGUGAUUGAUGGAGAUAAAGUUUUAGUGACAACAUUUCGUCAGUGUGUAGUGCCUCCACCCAUGUGUUCCUAUGAACUGCAGUUGCCUGCUCCGAUCAACCUGGUCACCUUCCAAGCACGGCCUCUGAGGACCAAUGAGCUCGCAGCGUUAACAGCAGAUGGAUGUUUGCAUAUCGCUGGCCAAGGCAGUGAAGAUGCCAGUGAGCCCAUUAAGGAUGCAUCUGGAUUUAGAGUCGUCUCUAAACCACUGGUUUUACAAAAGACAUACAGUGUUGCAGUGGCUCAUGAGGGGGUUCUGGCUCUGCGUCUGCUGCUCUGGCUGAGGGAGGACGUGUUUUUGGCAGUAGCAUGUGGAGACGUACUAAACCAGUCUCGCCUACUCGUACUGACCCCAGCAGAGAGCUCCGAACCCACACUGGAUAUCAGGUCAGAGGUCAUAGUUGAAGGUCAUGUGAUCAGCAUGUGCCACAGCUCUAAGAGUGACACUUUGGCUCUGCAGCUGGAGGAUGGACAGAUCAGGAGGGUGAAAUGGGACUCUGCAGAGAUAACAGAGACAGAAUGGAAGGAUUCUUUAGAGUUCAGUGUUAACUUUCCCCAGCCCUGUGUUCACACUGCACUGUGUACCUUCAGCGGAGAGGAGCAUUUAGUAGGACUGACAGAAAGAUCCCACCUCUAUAUUGGUAACAGUACGGUUGCUUCUAAUAUUUCCUCCUUUGUGGUGUAUGAUGAGUUCCUUCUUCUCACCACACACUCUCACACCUGCCGUUGCUUCCACCUGACCACAAUGUCAAUCAAAGAUGUGCAGGUGGCUCUGAGUUCAGAAGCAGCUCAGAAUGAUGAGAGUGUGCGCAGGGUGGAGAGAGGAUCUCGCAUCGUUACUGUGGUGCCUCAGGACACCAGACUCAUCCUACAGAUGCCCCGUGGUAACCUAGAGACCAUCCAUCAUCGAGCUCUUGUGCUGGCUCAAGUUAGGAAGUGGCUUGAUGAGCUGAAAUUUAGAGAUGCUUUCGAAUGCAUGAGGAAGCUGCGGAUCAACGUGAACCUAAUCUAUGACCACAAUCCCAGCGUGUUCUUGGAGAACGCAGAGCUGUUUCUCAAACAGAUUGCCUCAGUCAACUACAUCAACCUUUUUCUUACAGAGCUCAAAGAGGAAGAUACUACCAAGACGAUGUACCCGUGUCCAGUGAAUUCUGCAUGCCAGUCUGCUUCAGUACCAGUGAAAGGAGGUCAGGGGAGGAGCAAAGUGGACACUGUCUGUGAUGCUCUGCGGUCAGCCAUGGAAACUCUUGAUCCACAUAAAUACUGCUUGUGCAUUUUAACAUCUCAUGUGAGGAAGACAACGCCAGAGCUGGAGAUUGCUCUACAGAGGGUCCACGAAUUGCGUGUGAACCCACCCAGUGCAGAUAAUGCAGUGAGUGCAGAGGAGGCUCUGAAGUAUCUCUUGUUCCUGGUCAACGUUAAUGAGCUGUAUGACUACUCUCUGGGAACUUACGACUUUGACCUGGUGCUCAUGGUAGCGGAAAAGUCUCAGAAGGACCCUAAAGAAUAUCUUUCCUUCCUGAACAUGCUGAAAACCCUGGAACCUAAUUACCAACGCUAUACCAUAGACAAACACCUGAAGAGAUACAAGAAGGCGUUGCAUCACCUCAGCAAGUGUGGUGAGGAGCACUUCACUGAGUUAUUAAACUUGGUGAAGGAUCAGAAGCUGUACACUGAAGCUCUGCAGCUCUACCCUGCAGAUAGUCAGCAGUACAAGGCACUAAGUGUGGCCUAUGCUGAACACCUUUUGGAAGAUCAGCAGGCUGAGCAGGCAGGGUUGUUGCUAUGGCGAUGUGGAGAGAUGCCCCGUGCUUUGCAGGCCUUCAUCAGCUGCACCAGCUGGAGACACGCCCUCGCCGUGGCAACACACAUCCCUGUGCCACCCACGCAGCUGACGCAGCUCGCACGAGAUCUAGCAGAGAAGCUUCUGGAAAUGAAGAGACAUACAGAGGCUGCUCUGCUGCUGGAGCAGUAUGCUAAGGACUGUGAGGAGGCUAUUUCUGCCCUGAUUGAGGGUGCUGCAUGGGAGGAAGCUCUCAGACUAAUUUACCUUUACAACAGACCGGACAUCAUUGAAACCAAUCUGAAGCCUGCACUUUUGGAAGCUCAUAGCACUCAGAUGGCCUUUGUGGACUCCCAGAGGGCUCUGUUCACACGCCAUAAAAACAGACUGGCUGUUGUGCGAGAGCAGAAGGAGAAGGCUAGAUUGGAGUUUGUUGAUGAGGAUGGCCCUGACUGUGCAGACGCUGAACUCUACUCAGAGGCCAGCAGUGUCCUGACCGGUAGCCGUCUCGGAUCAAAGUAUUCGCACAGUAACUCCCGCAUCUCCUCGAGAUCAUCUAAGAACCGCAGGAAAGCUGAAGGGAAGAAGCACAGCCUAAAGGAAGGAAGCCCCUUUGAGGACAUCGCCCUUCUCCGUGCCAUUAUCCAGAUCAUCCACGUCAUUGACAAGAUGAGGGAGGAGAUCCACAGCCUCCUGAAGGCACUUGUACUGUUUCAGUUUGACAAGCUGGCCAGCAGCCUGCAGUCAGACUAUAGUGAUCUGCUCCAGCUCAUCGACACAGGCAUCCCUGAGAUCUGGCACGAAGGAAUUCAACAAAACCAAACUCCAAUCACAGGCCCCAAUUCAACAGCCAACAGCAUCAUGGCUUCGCUUCAGCAGCCCAGACCUGCCACAGUUCCCCAGCAGGAUGCAGAGAUCCUCACACCACCCAAGAUGCGACAGUCUGUCAAAUGGAAACUCUCAAUCCUAAAAUAGUUCUUGUUUAUAAACAGUUAGCAUAUGUUUUACAGUGUAUUAUUAAAUAAUUACAUAUCCUGAAAGCAAAAUGACUUUUGAGGUUACUUUUCUAUUGUCCAAGUCCAAUAUUUACACGUGUGCAAUAAAUAUACAAAAAAUGUUGCAUUGUUUAUAAAGCAAUGAAAUGAUUUUUGCUCUACAGUAGCUUAAAACCCUUCACUGAGAGUUUUCCCCCUAUACACAUAGAUGUAUUUAAUUAUAUGAAAUACACUUUAGGGUAAAUAGAGAAAGAUUGUUUUCCACUAGAUCCAGAGAAAAGUAAAAUAAGGACAGAUGCUAUGGUAUGUUUGAGUUUUGGCUGACUUCCUGCAAGUUCAGUUUUCCACGCCACCUCGUCUUGCAUCGAUGACUACUGCUUUAAUCCACUUAACAGCCCGAGGCACAGGAGCCCCAUGCCACGCUGGUCAUGGAUGCAUUUAACAGCCUGCCGUCAGCAGUGACAGGGUUAUGCCUUUGGUUUGAAACCAGUUCUAGCUUUUAGUACAGCACGCUCUCACAAUUUUUGCUACCGUGGCUAGACAUCUGAAUCCUGACUGCCCUUUUCCUUUCUGCAUCAUUAAACCACUGAGGUAUGUGACGUUCAGGACAUGCUAAUUCUCUAAGG